AUGUGUCAUGGACCUUAUGUUCCUCCUCUUCUUGCAAUUCCGCUUUUUUUAGUGGGAGGAGCUUUUAAUGCUGUUUCAUCAGGAGUGUCCUCCAUUGAUGGUUUCAUCCGAGCAAACAACCAAAAACUUGUUGAAUUCUUCAAAGCUCAAUCUAAAAAGUACAAAUAUCAAGUUCCGAUGGCUCUUGAUGAGAAAGCCUCUCUCUCCAUUGAGGAAAUCAGAUAUAAUAGUUCUCAAAUGGAGGAGAAAGAGCGAGAGGAAUUAGCCAAAUUACUCAUUCAGAGAACGAUCGCCAGGUUAGAGCUCUCUAAAUUUGAAGAGGCUAAACAAGAUGUUUUGCAAUGCCUCACUUUGCUGAAUCCUACUAAUCCUUCAGCAGCAGCAUCAUCAAAAAGCACCGAACAUCCAACCACCAUCAAUUUCACCCACCAUUCAUAUCUAUAUGAAUACUUGCUAGGAAUGUGCGAAGAUGGUUUGGGAAAUUUCCAACGUGCUGCUGGGAUAUUUGUCAAUGCUAUCCAACUCCGAGAAGAAUUGGAGGUGGUCAAUCAUGACGACUCUCAAUCAUCAUCAUCAACGAAUGAAGAGGCUCUCCUUCAACUCGAAAAGGAAUUUUUUCAAAUGCAACUGGGAGCAAAAAAACCCACUGAGAGAGCUGUGUUGUCUCUCUCGAAAGGUCUCAACGAUUGGAAUGAUGCCGUUUCGAAUCUAUCUGGAUCGGUCAAGAACUUUUUCAAUCAUGAUAUGGGUCUGAAUGUUUCAAAGCCAAUUUUGAAACCAAAACCUCGUACCAUUAUUACAUUGGAAUCACUUUACAUUAGAGCUGGAGUUUCCUUUUAUCGAGGUGCCUACUAUGCAGAUGCCAUGAAAUAUUUCACAAGAGCAAUUGAAAUUGGUGAAGAAUAUGAGUCCUCUUUGGUAGAAUCGAGCUAUUUCAAUAGAGGACUUUGUCAUUACUAUUUACAUGAAUUGGAUCAAGCUCUGGAUGAUUUCACUAAAUGCAUUUCUCUCAUGCCACUUACUCAACAACGAGAUCAAGUUUAUAUCACUCGAGCAGCCACCUAUGCAAGAAAGGGAAUGACUAAGGAAAGAGAUGCAGACAUAUUUAAGGCUAAAUUAAUCAAUCCUUUUGCAAAACCUGUCACACUCUUUCAUUAUAGAUUGUUGAGUGAUGAUACUCUAUUGCAUAUUUUUUCAUAUUUAGAAACGAGAGAAUUAAUUGUCUCAUCGUCCACUGAAAAGUAUUGGCGAGGAUUGGUUCAAAAAUUCAUUUCAGAAAAUGAUAUUGAAAUUAGUGUAAAUUCACUGACAUUUAAUGCUUAUCAAAAAGCAAUAGAUUCCAGAAAUACCAUCUCCAAACUCUUUCUUCCUCGCCAAAGAAUGGAAAUGCAUGAAUUUGUGAAUAAGGCUUUGAGUAAUUCCUUGCUUGUCCAGUAUGCCAAACGUUUAAUUGUGUACGAUUCAAAAUACUAUGAACAGAAUUACUCCUAUGGGGUUUCCUUAAUAGAAGCCACUUUAGAACGUCUUGAAAAUUUAGAGAGACUGACUUUUUGCAUGCCAUCCACGAAUCGUGACAAGAUACCUCAGCUUCUAUCCUCAAAAAGUCCAAAUUUGAAAUUUUUACAUAUCAUUAGUGAUGGUGAUGAUGAAGGACACAUUGCUAAAUGCAUUUCAAAAUUGUGCAAUUUGGAGCAUGUUAUCAUUGAAGGGCCUGUGACGAUUUACAAUUUCCGUAAUCCUUUCAGCAACAACGAUCAUCUUCAAAAGGUCGAAUAUGAUUAUUGUGGAGUGGAAUGGAGCAAGUUGGCCGAAAUGAAUCCAAAAGUUCAAUUUGUUUUCAUAACAAAGAAAGACAGCAAGAAAUCUCUCACUGAAUCCUAUUUUUAUUGA